CAUAUCAGCUGAUCAUCAAUAAACUGCAGCUGUGUCUCGUUGUCUUCAUCAGAUUCAUGUGAACUGGAACUGGACACAAACACAAUGAACAGAGAACUCAAACUGUCUGACGACAACAGGAAAGUGACCCAUGUGACAGAAGAUCAGUCGUAUCCUGAUCAUCCAGACAGAUUUGAGUUCUGUCGUCAGCUGCUGUGUAGACCUGGUCUGACUGGUCGCUGUUACUGGGAGGUCGAGUGGAGAGGAACUGUUGAUAUAUCACUGAGUUACAGAGGAAUCAAGAGGAAAGGCAUCGGUUCUGACUGUGUGUUUGGAGAUAAUGAUCAGUCCUGGAGUCUGAUCUGCUCUGAUGAUCAUGGUUACUCUGUCUGUCACUGUGGGACAGAAACACCCAUCAUGUCCUCUGUUUUUAACAGAGUAUCAGUGUAUGUGGACUGUCCUGCUGGGACUCUGUCCUUCUACAGCGUCUCCUCUGACUCACUGAUCCACCUCCACACCUUCAGGACCACAUUCACUGAACCGGUUUAUCCUGGGUUCUGGGUCUGGGAUGGUUCCUCAGUGUCUCUGUGUCCUCUGUAGGAUGACCUCUGUCCUCCUGCUGCUCUGUGA